AUGAGCGAUGAUGCCUCGCCGAGCUCCACGGCGCCGAACGAAGCUUCCACGGCGGAACCAGUCAAUGUUUCAUCCGGCAGCCGUGUCACAUGGAGUCUACCACGCGAGCAUUCGAGAUCAGCUCGGUCGCGCGCCCAGUUGCACCCUCAGCGUCGCAAGAAGAAGAAAAGCAGGAAGAAGCGCAACCCUGGGAGUCUUGAUACCCUGGUUUUCGCGGAGCUGAGCGGACUGUACUAUAUGGAGUAUGACUACCUGCCCGUCAUUCCUGAACAACGCUUACCAGUGAUGCCCCCCUCUAGGUGCUCAAUGUUUCGAUUCAUCCUAAGAUCUGUUGGCCAGUACCUAUAUCUCACGCCGAAGGAUGAAUCAUUUCCUUUCUUAAUGCCUGCGAGUCCUAUACACGUGUGCCUCGUUCUCAUUCCCAACAUCAUUUGCAUACUUCUGCAUAUUUUUGUUUCUCUGCCUGUUGGUCCUGGCUACCACCGAGGCUAUAUGCACGGUGGCCUGGUCAUCGACUUCAUAGGACAAAAGCCCCCUAGUUCUCGCAUUUACUAUGUUCUAGUAGAUGUCAUGAUCCUCGCCGUUCAAUGCCUAAUGCUGACGGUCCAUACUGAGCGUGAGAGACUACGGGUGACUCUUAAGACCUUCCGACCUAUGGUACCUGACGUGGCUCAGGAGAUGGCUCCUACCAUAGAAGAUCUGGAUGCGGAAGAGCGUGGAGUAUCAAGGGACAUGCCUGGCUCAUUACCAGCUGAUGAGGAGGACGGCAUCGAGUUGCAACCCUUGCGACGCACCAGUACAACUGAAGAUGCCAACUCGACGUCAGGAGAAUCAGAGCCAUCGGCUAGAGAAUCACCAAUCGAUGAACCAACACGGUCACAUCUGUCUGAUGUCCUGAGUUCUGGAAAUGCGAUCAUCGGCGAAUAUCAUGUUCUUCACUCACUUCACAAUGCUGCGUUGAAUAUCGAGAGAACAGCCGCAUAUUCUCUCCGUACUAUUAGUUAUGGAGCAACUAUGGCCUCCAUUGAAGCGAGGAGACGAGGCCUCAAUGUGCCAGCUCAAACAGUUCAGAACCAUAGACAAUGA